CAUUUUAUGCCGAGCUUUUCUAUUCUCACCCCUUUUUACUAAGUUCAUCUAAAGCAAAUAGUUUCUUAUCUAUAAAGAUUACAACAUAUUUAGUCUUUUUUUUUUCUCAAAAUAAAAAUGUCAUUAAAUAUUAACUUUGGGGAUGAACUUCUUAAAAAAAAAAUCAUAUAUCACGAGUAUAGUUAUAGAAGAAUUUAUUUACUUUUAUUUUUUUUAAAAUAAAAAUGAAUUAGUUAUUAAUUUUUCCUGAGAUUUUAAAAAAUAACAGAAGGCAAGGUUCGCUCAACAGGUUAUUCAGGUUCACACUCCUUGCGAUUUGUAUUGAGUGAAGAAAAAAUAAGAGAGGUUCCGUCCUGUAUCUUGGUUGUGGUGGUGGAUUGAUAGCCAUGGCUUCCUCCUCAGCUUCUUCGACACCGGGCGCCGCCGCUGAGAACUCGAAGAAAGGGUUAGGGUUUUUGUCUCACGCGAUGAAACGGAAGGACAGCUUCAUUCAAUUGUUCGCAAUGACCGGAAUCCUUCUCCUCAGCAUGCGAUCUUUAGGGCAGAAAUACAAAAUCCACAACCUCGAAGAAGAUAUCCGCGUCCUCAGGGACGAGAACACUUCUCUCUCCGACCGCGUCAGAAACAUCAAGCGCGACCUCCUUCGAGAAGCUUCUCUUGACUCCUCCGGCCUCUUCGCCUCUCGCCUUCGCCGCCUCUUUUCCGCAGAAUGAUGAUCCGUAAGUUUUUUCUACUGUUUUUGAUCUCUCAACAAACAAUUUCAACUGUUCCCGUGCUCUCUUGUAACGAAAUUAGACUUGUCAACAAUAAUAUCCUUUGAAGGUGUUUGUUGCUUUUUAGGAAUACACCGCUAUGCUUGUCGUAUGGUAGUGAUUCUUGUUGAGGAUUUCAAAUGUUUGGUCUUAGAUAUUCAUAUUAAAUAUAGUGUCCUGUGAGAGUGAAUAAUGAAUAGAAGGGAUAGACGAUUUUUCAUAUAGCGGUUUCGACAUCUAUGUUUAGAAAUUAUAAUCUUCCGUGUAGAAACUGAUCUUAGUGAUGCUAGUUGAAUUUGAUGAUCAGAUAACAUUUCCUCUGAAAUGAGGUUCAGUGGUUAGGAGUUUUGUUUAUAUAUGUUAAGUGACUUUGCUGGAGU